AUUUACAUUUUUAUAAAUCCACAGGGAGCCACUGGAGAGGAGUUAAAGAGCUUUAUGUGGCUCCGGAGCUGCAGGUUGCAGACCCCUGAUCUAAGUACAUACUUGUAUUUUUUACUCUCCCUUUCGUUUAGCUUGCAGGGGAGUCACCUUCUCCACCUGGCCCAGUUUCUCCAGCAUUGUCCUGAUCACAGAGAGAAAACAAGAGAAAAGGGAAAUCAAUCAUGUUAACACAGGGAUGUAAACUUAGGUAUAUUGGAAAAGGUGAUACAGCAGGACAGACACACUACUGUCCAGCUAACGUUACUGGUUCUCUGUAUAGGAUGGGGACCAAUGUAACUGGAGCAGAAAAACAAAAAGAAAUGUUAAGAGUAGAUUUUGCUUCACACCACCAAACAAAAGCAGCUUAAGUAGCAAAAAAAGUUCUGCUUAGCCGUGUAAUCAAAACGUCUGUACGGGACUUUUAAAGUGAUAUUUCCUGUAUAUUUUCCCAUAUUCAUUGGAAAAAAAUCAAUCGUCGUCACAGACGACACGAUCACUCGAGAAUCGCUCGCAGCCUGUGCAUUCCAUGCUACUUCAUUCCGUUCUAUGUCAUUCCAUUCUACGUCAUUCCAUUCUACGCCAUUCCAUUCUUAAACGAACAUUCCAUUCUACGUGCUUUGAUACCUCAUCUGUUACCUACAGAUAGGCCCUACAAUUUGUAUCCUCCCCUUUUCAAUACCAAAUCACAAACCGGCCAGAGCUUUGCAUCACAGAGUAAAACAAGUUUUUACAAUGGAGAAAAGCAAAGGCAGAAGAGAAAGCAAAAAAGGCAAGAGCAAAAGGGUAUCAAGCGCCGUCAUCCUCUGGGAUAAAUGGAUUCUCUUUCUUCGCAAGAAGGCCCGGCCUCAGCAGCCCAGGCGUAGACGAACGAAGAAGACCAAAAAGUCCAAGAGGAAGCCGGUCGAUUUGAGAAUUUCCGUGUUGAAAAAUGAGCUCAAGAGGAAAAACUGUAUCCCGCCAGCGGAGAAGAUUUCAGUCUUCUACAGGUCCUGGGAAAAUAGUAUGUCCACUCUCAGAAAGCAGAAUGAGACUGCUGUGUCUGCAGAAGUACAUCAUCCAGAGACCCCGACCAAAACCCUUCUCGCCAGAAAGAACCAGGCACAGAAAGGGGACCGACCGCGAGCUCCAAAGCAGGCUGCUACACCUGAAUGUGUACCACAACAAAUUGGUGCACCCGAGGGUUUUGUCCAGCAUUCCUCUACGCCAAAGGAUGAUCCACAGAAGGAUGUGUCCGGACAGGCUAUGGAGAAAAGACAGGAUUAUGUUGUGAACGUGAUGGCCGACCUAGACGAGCAAAUGAAUGAUCUUUUGAACGGGUUCGCCGACCAAGAGGAGCACACGAAAAAGGCGGCCUGUGCAGUGAUUUGCACUGUCGCCUCACAGAAGGUUGCGUAGGGUUGUCUCCGGGUGAUCCGGUUUCCUCCCACCAUGAGGGUGGCUACGUUGGGUUUGUGGCAAACAUUACCUCCUUGGCGGAGGUAUCAAAAAUAAAAAAAAAUAAUAAACCAUAA